AUGUCAACAGCCACCCCAGCGACAUCGUCUCGACCACAAGUCUCCCUUAGCCCCAUCCCCGCCACACAUACUACUGCACGUGCCCUGGCAACCCUCCACAACGCUGCCUUUGCCACCGACACCUUUCUCGAAUUGAUGUACGGCCCGCUCGACGAGGAAGUCGAUUCCUUCGCGUCCGAUAUGGUGAAUAUCAUGCGCGCUGACCCGACAGCGCGGUUCACGCAGGCAGUCGUAACUACCACUAGUUCCGACACAGAGACAGAACACGAAACGCUCGUCGGCUGGUCCUGGUGGAACAUCUACCCGGACAGGCAGAGCUACUUGGAGGCUGCGAAGGAAGAUAAAGAGAGGGCUCGGAAGGUGCCGAGCACGGCGCUGAACCCGGCUGCGUAUCUCGAUUGGAAGGCGGAGGUUGUGGAGAGGAGGGAGAGGUGGAUUGAGAAUAACAUUAAUUUGGGCAAGGAUGAGGGUCCUGGGGUGGCGAUCCUCCAAGUGCUGGUCAUCCACCCUGACUACCAAAACCGCGGCAUCGGAACGCAACUCCUAAACCACGGUCUCGAAGAAGUGGAACGGCUGAAGCUCCCCGCCUGGCUGGAGGCGUCGGACGAAGGGGUUCAUGUAUACAUGAAAUGCGGGUUCCGCGAUGUGCAGGAUGACAUUGUGAUAGACAUGAAGAAGUAUGGGAGAGCGGGCCUAAGGAACGGGAUUUGUAUGUUGAGGGAUGCUUGA